UUGUAGAUCUCGUGAUCUCUUAAGGAUCUCGUAUCGCAACACGUACAAGCACCAUAAAAAUCCCCCAUGCUCAAAAUACCCAUAAUAUCGAGCAGAGCUCUCUAAGUUCGACAGUCAAUUUUAGUCAAUUUUAGUUUAUAUCUGCUAAAUUUCCUGUCUAUAAUUCAAAGAAUUUCAAAAGUAGUAUUUCCCUGUUCGCGGGAACCUACAUGUAGCUACAAAUUCUCCCACAAUCAAAUUUCCCUGUCACACAGGAAAAUAUUUGCUAACACAUGAAUGCAGUACUGUUUGGAAGCAAAGGACUCUUCAAAUACAGGAACGGACUACACAGUGUUCUAUUUAUCACGUAAAAAUGUUUCAGUUGUGGAAAAAUCAAACAACGAAUGUGUUGAUUUUUUCAGCUAGUUUUCGUGUUGUGUUUGGUUUUUCCUGGUUUGAAGCCCAAGACAAAUGUCAUACACAUGGGGAAAGAUUAGCGGCUUAUGUUCCGCCUAAGCCAAGUACACCUUUUUGGUCUUCAUAUCAUAAUCGCACCUCCCACUGGAUAGGAAAUUUGGGAUGUUACUCUGAUCAAGAUAUUUCUUUCAAAAGAAUGAAUCAUUGUUCCCUGAGUGUUCCAUCAGCUGGAUUAUGUCAAGAAAAAUGUACUAAGAGAAUGCCGAGUACAUUUUUGUUUGCAAUCCAGAACAAUUCAUGCAUCUGUCUGAAUGAACCUCCCAAAAUCCCACAAAGUCAACUUAGGAACUGUAAAUUCUGCAUUGAAAACAGCAGCUUCCCAUCGGAACAAGACUGUGAUGACAAAGUGUCCUACAAAAUAUUCUUGUCCAUUGUUAUUCAAGAGGACAUCAAAAUUCCUGCAUCAAACUGUAAUAAAACAAAUAAAUGCUGUGAAAUACAUUUAAAUCGCAUAAAUGAAAGACAAAUUCCAGAGAAAAAAAAUGCAAAGAAGGCCUUAGGAAAUGAUUUCACCUUUGCUUUCCUCAAAAUAUGGGAUCUGCUGAAAGGACCGUUAGAAGACAGAUCCACUUGCAUAGUAUUCACAAGGCACACUUAUACACGUUUUGAUCAAGGUAAUAAGCUUACCGACUUCGACAAAAGCCAGAUCUCCUCCUGUGAACAGUGUCUAAUUAAUGGAUGUUCAUUUGUUGACUGUUACAAUUAUGUAGAUAAAGUCUUCUGUUCAAAAACCAUAUUUACCUCUCGUCCUGCUGUGAGCACAACACAUAAAAGGAAAACAAACACAUUCCCCAAACAAAAUUGGAUACCGACGUCAAUUACAGUAUUAAUAAAUCAACCAAAGACGACAGAUCUCAACAGUGAGACCACAGUUCUCCCGCACACUUCAUUUAAUAUAUCACUUGAGGGUAAAUCAACAGUCAUAACAGACCAAUCCUCAUAUGCAGCAACAACAAUGAAUCAACAUAAAACAAAAGAUAUCAAUUGGAACGUUACAAUGCAUUGGAAUAAUUACACAACAACGGUAGAAUUUACAACUAACAAAAAAGAAGACGAAGAUAGAAGCCAUGAAGACUUGAUCAAGAUUGUAGCUCCUGUAUUAGCUAUUGUAAUUUCAGCAUUUUUAAUGUGCGUUGUCAUCAAACUCCUCAGAAGAAAGCAAAAUUUACGAGGAAAAAGAAAUUUAGCGUCACAAAAAGAUUUCUCAUCAGGAUGUGUUGUUGACAAAAACCUCUCCAGCCCUCAGUAUGCUGAAAUUAAGAACAAAACAGAUGAACACUGUUUAGAGGAAUGCACGUAUGAUUUGGCAGACAACAGUAACUUGGAGGAAGAAAGGUUUACGUGUAACACUGAAGAAGAGAGUCACUAUGACCAUCUUAGAGAUAAUGAUCAAAACAAAAAUGUGGACGAAGAUAUCUAUAAUCAUCUUCAAAUUGAAAGUGAAUCUAAUUAUUCCACUUUUACACGAGGAAUUGAGCUACAGGGAAUUGUUGAUAAUCCUUACGGUGAAGCAGACUUUCAAAAUGAUACUUAGUACUGUUGCUAGUUCCGUUUACAUAAUUUUUCCUAAUGAGUAUUCUAAAGCAAAAAAAAAAUCAUACAAAAAAUAAACUAGA